UUUGUUAUUAUUAUUCAUAUUUUGUAUCAGUACAUUAUUAGUGAUUCGUGUCCUGGAAGGUCUACUUUGUCAUGCUCUGAAGAUGUCCCUUGCCAGACUAGGCACCAAUUUGAAUGGGUGUUUGGAGGACACCGCUAACGGCACUAUCCCGAUCAGUACGCUCCAGAUGCUGGACUGGGGCGAGUCCAGCAGCCGGGUGCUGCGGAGCUUGAAUAUGGGCACAGUCAUGACUCUGUUCUACCAGAAAAAGUCCCAGAGACCCGAAAGAAGAACUUUCCAGGUUAAACAAGAAACCAGGCAGAUCAUAUGGAGCCGCAACGACAAAAUAGAAGGAGAAAUCGAUAUCCGGGAGAUCAAGGAGAUCCGGCUGGGGAAGUCCUCUCGUGAUUUCGAUCGGUACCCGGAGGAGGUGAGGAAGCUGGACUCCUCUCAAUGCUUCAUCAUCCUGUACGGUAUGGAGUUCCGGCUCAAGACUCUCAGCGUGGCUGCCUUUAGUGAGGAGGAGGUGACCCUGUGGAUAACUGGCUUGACCUGGCUGGUAAUGGACUCACAGAAGGCUUCUGCACCUUAUCAGAUUGACAGGUGGCUCCGGAAACAGUUUGACUCCAUGGACAGGAACCGAGAAGGCAGCAUCACAGUGAAAGAUUUGAAAGCCAUGCUGCCCCAGGCAAACUACCGAGUACCCAACAUGAGAUUCCUCAGAGACAAACUGCUGGAGGUAGAAGCUCGCUCUGAACUGUCUUUUACACACUUGACUCAGCUCUACAAGAAUCUCAUGUUCGACGCCCAGAAAUCAAUCAUUGACCAGCUCGAGCUGUCCUUCCCUCUCAGGAACGUGGACCGGCCGGAGCUCUGUCAGAUAACCCUGUAUGACUUCCAGAAGUUCCUCCAGUUAGAUCAGAAGGAAGGCUGGGCGAGUGAUCUGAGCAGGGUGAGGGAGUUCAUGUGCAGCUACCAGAAGGAGUCUCAGAGACACACUGAACCCACACUGCAGCUGGAUGAGUUCCUGACAUUCCUGCUGUCGAAGGAGAAUAUGAUCGUGGAACGAGGCGGCGGGCAGGUCUGCCCUGAGGAGAUGAAGCACCCGCUGUCACAGUACUGGAUCAGCUCCUCCCAUAAUACGUACCUGACUGGUGACCAGUUCUCCAGUGAGUCAUCACUGGAGGCCUAUGCUCGCUGUCUCCGAAUGGGCUGCCGCUGCAUCGAGUUGGAUUGCUGGGACGGGCCAGAUGACCUGCCCAUCAUCUACCAUGGACACACUCUGACAUCCAAAAUCAAGUUCCUGGAUGUACUGUACACCAUCAAAGAGCAGGCCUUCGUCACCUCUGAGUUUCCUGUCAUCCUGUCCAUCGAGGACCACUGCAGCGUGGUCCAGCAGAGGAACAUGGCCUUGCUCUUCAAGAAGGUCUUUGGAGACAUGCUGCUCACCAAGCCAGUGGACAUCAACGCAGAUGAGCUCCCCACCCCAUACCAGCUCCGCAGGAAGAUAAUCAUCAAGCACAAGAAGCUGGUGGAAGGGAACAUGUAUGAGGAGGUGUCUUCAGCCAGCUGCUCUGAGAAUGAUAUCAGCAACUCCAUCAAGAACGGAAUCCUGUACUUGGAAGACCCCAUCGAUCAUAACUGGAGUCCUCACUACUUUGUGCUGACCAGCAAUAAGAUCUAUUACUCUGAGGAGACGUCGUGCUACCAGAGCACAGACGAGGAGGAGGAAGAGGAGCACAAGGAGGAGUCCAAUAACAACGAGCUGCACUUCAAUGAGAAGUGGUUUCAUGGGAAGCUGGGCGGAGGGCGCGACGGGAGGCAGAUCGCAGAGAAGCUUCUCCACGAGUACUGCGGGGAGAGUGGGGGCAAGGAUGGAACAUUCCUGGUGAGGGAGAGUGAGACCUUUGUGGGAGACUUUACCCUGUCCUUCUGGAGGUCUAGCCGAGUCCAGCACUGCCGGAUACACUCGCGACAGGAGGCCGGUGUCACAAAGUUCUACCUGACAGAUAACCUGGUCUUUGACAGCCUCUACAGCCUGAUCUGCCACUACCGCGAGGUGCCCUUGCGCUGCAACGAGUUUGAGAUGAGACUGAGCGACCCUGUGCCCCAGCCCAAUGCACACGAGAGCAAGGAGUGGUUCCACGCGAACCUUUCCCGCUUGCAGGCUGAGCACAUGCUGAUGAGAGUCCCGCGUGAUGGAGCCUUCCUGGUGCGCAAGCGGAGCGAGCCCAACUCCUUCGCCAUCUCCUUCAGGGCGGAGGGGAAGAUAAAGCACUGUCGGAUCCAGCAGGAGGGUCGUCUCUUCAUGCUGGGCAGCUCAGCCGAGUUUGAGAGCCUGCUGGACCUUAUCAGCUACUACGAGAAGCACCCACUCUACCGCAAGAUGAGACUGCGCUACCCCAUCAAUGAGGAGACGCUGGAGAAGAUGGGCACCACGGAGCUGGACUAUGGAGCGCUGUACGAGGUGCGGACUCCUCACCUCUACGUGGAAGCGAACAAGAUGCCUUCAGCCAGGUGCACAGUGAAGGCUCUGUAUGACUAUCGAGCCCAGAGGGAGGACGAACUCUCCUUCCCAAAGCAAGCCAUCAUUCUCAACGUGGACAAGCAGGAGGGGGGCUGGUGGCGUGGUGACUAUGGGGGUAAGAAGCAGCUCUGGUUCCCAGCGAAUUACGUGGAGGAGAUUCCCACCACCCCUGCACAGGGGCAGGACGAGGCAUCUGUCGAGAACAGCCCCCUAGGAAACUUCCUCAAGGGCUUUAUUGAUGUGCCGACCUGCCACGUAGUGGUUCACAAGGAUGGGAAGAGCUCCCGGCCCUUCGUCUUCACCCUGCACUCCCAGUCUCAUCCUGUCCAGAUGCUGGACGUGGCCGUUGACAGUCUGGAGGACCUCAACGACUGGGUCGCCAAGAUAAGAGAGGCUACACAGAAUGCUGAUGCCAGAAUGCAGGAAGGGAAGCAGAUGGAGCGCAGGAAGAAGAUUGCCCUGGAGCUCUCAGAGCUGGUGGUGUACUGCCGGCCCGUGCCCUUCGACGAGGACAAGAUCGGCACAGACAAGGCUUAUUACCGUGACAUGUCCUCGUUUCCCGAGACCAAGGCUGAAAAGUAUGCGAACCGCAGCAAGGGCAAGAAGUUCCUGCAGUACAACCGAAGGCAGCUCUCUCGUAUCUACCCCAAGGGCCAGCGCCUCGACUCCUCCAACUACGACCCCCUGCCCAUGUGGCUGUGCGGGAGCCAGCUGGUCGCCCUCAACUUCCAGACCCCAGACAAGCCGAUGCAGCUGAACCAGGCCCUGUUCACACUGGGGGGGCGCAGCGGCUAUGUGCUGCAGCCUGAUAUCCUGAGAGAGGAGAGCUUUGACCCCUUUGACAAGAGCAGCCUCAAACUGGUGGAGCCCAUCACUGUGCAGCUGCAGAUCCUGGGGGCGCGGCACCUCCCCAAGAACGGCCGCAGCAUUGUGUGCCCCUUCGUGGAGGUGGAGGUGUGCGGAGCCGAGUACGAUAGCAGCAAGUGCAAGACUGACGUCGUGGCGGAUAAUGGUUUGAAUCCAGUCUGGUUGCAGAAGCCAUUUGUAUUGGACAUCAACAACCCUGACUUCUGCUUCCUGCGCUUCGUAGUUUACGAGGAGGACAUGUUCAGCGACCCCAACUUCCUGGCUCAGGCUGUGUUUCCUGUCAAGGAGCUCAAGACUGGGUACCGCUCAGUCCCUCUGAAGAACAGCUAUAGUGAAGAUCUGGAACUGGCCUCCCUGCUGGUACACAUCGAGAUCGUCAAUGCCAAGGAGGAGGACGAUGAGAACCUGUACUCCUCGAUCCAGCAGCUCCGGGAUCGCACCAGCGAGCUGUCCAGCCAGGUGUCCUCCUUCGAGAGGAGCAACGCCUGUGACCAGCGAUAUCAGCAGCAUGUGGACGAGCUCCGAGCAGCACAGGAGCAGCUCACUGAGCUCACAGAGGCUCGCACCCGGAGGCUAAUGGAGAAGAAGAGGCGGGAGAAACUACGCCAGCAGAUGGCGACAAAACGCAGCUAAGCAAACCAGCAGGGGGAGCUGGCGAGACAGAGGAAACAGCCAGGUCCGUUUCCAUGGACACACUGUGGCAGGAGUCAGGUCUCAUGGGCAAUCCUUGCACAUGCAUCUCCUGUAUGAAGCAAAAAAACAAAAACAAACAGAGACAGACUUUGGUGCUGAAGGAAGGAAUUUCAAGUCAUGCAGCUUUCUGUGCCUUUACAUUUCUUUCCUCUCUUUAUAAUAAUGUGUUUAUUUCCCCCAGGUUGCAGGGAGUAAAAUAGGUCAGGUUAAUGUAGUGUGUACUUCUAUUCCUCUUAUAAACGUUUCUCAUAGUAAAAGCAUAGCAAAGAAAGGUAUGGUAAAGCAUAUUAAAAGACAUGGCCAACAGUACAACAGUUGGAAAAGCACUGGAAAACUGCAAAAUUUCAGUGACUAUUUACUGUGGUAAACUUUUGUAAGGGUAGCUUAAGCACAUAUCUACAGUAAGGGGAGCAUUAGCACAGCCUGGCAAUACAGAGGGUGAUUCAUAAUUGGCGCUACAUUGUCGUUUUUCAUUGUUUUCAAUUCUAUGUUAACAUUCUUGAUCAACUCUGUUAUGGCCAAAUGGUGCAUUUCGUCCCCCACCUACCCUCCAGUUUUUCAGAUGCUGCAAUAAUGUGUGAAUUAUGAAUCACCCUGUGCUAAGAAACACCAGUCACUAAAAUGGUGUGGACCUGUUUCUGGACUGGAGUUUUGCCAGUGAGGCUUUUCCUUAAGUCUAAUUUCAGCAAUGUUUAAAAAUUCCACAAUCGCUGCUACUGGUACAGUACAGUUCAGGGUAUUUAUAAUAUUGCUAUCCUUUCAGUUUCCAAAUAACAAAAACUAAAAUAAGCAAAAUGUUACAGUUAGCUUUCUUAGUAUGUUGUUAUUUGGUACUUUUUUAAACACUUAUGUGUAUGUUAUUAAAGCGCUUUGUGAUGGUGGUCCACUAUGAAAGGCACUAUAUAAAAUAAAGAUUGAUUGAUUGAUUAUUUCCUAUUUUAAAAGACUGGUUUAUAUUAAAAGCAUAACAAUGUGUAAUACAGCAUAGUGCAAGCAUGGGAAAGCCUAGAGAGGUAUGAUAAAGCAUAUUCAAAGAAAUGGC